AUGAAGAAUGUUCAACCGAGCGAAAAUUUGGGGAAAGCGAAAGAAAAGAAAAAAGCUUUAAUGAGUUCAAUAAAAUUUAUUGCUUUUCUGAUUACAUCAACCGAGAGAAGAGAAAAGAAUUUCCCUUUAGAUUGGACAGCAGUAUUUACUAAGCACACACAUUUCGACAUUUCUAUGCGAAUUAAAGGACAUGAAAUUAUUAAUGAAAUUGCACAGUGA